CAGUUAUUCAUCAAGCUAGACGUCGUAGCAUUACUGUAUCUCUACGACAUAUAAUCUCCCUGGAUCUUCGACUUGCGUCAUCGUGAAACUCGAUAUAACGCAAACAGACGGGCCGUUUCAGCAAAUAUUAUAGUAAUAUCACAUCCUAGAGUUAAAAUGGAUGACUAUAGUCCGGAUGUCUUCGUCAACCGUGACGACCCUAUCCCAACCAUCGUCCUUGACGGUUCUUCGCCACCUGGACCACGUACACCUUCGACUUCGGGAGACCGCUCCGAUAGUGAGACUCCGUCCCGGCGGCGUAAGGGUCUCCGCGGUCACCUCUCGGCUUUCAAGGAGAAAACCAAGAUCCAAGACCAACUAGUCGAGAAGUUGUUAUCUCAGGUGGUGCCCCUCGACGACACCCAGCUUCCCCAGGAUGAAGCCUCUCAAGAACCUAACACACCGGGCGCGGACCGUCCUAAUUUUAAUCUGCCUACCAUGUCCAACAAUUUCCGACGCUUCAAUGCUCGUAUCGGAGUUAUUUUUGUCUUUCAAGCUCGCGUAGUCCGUUUACUGUCUUGGAGACGACCAACGCAUACCAUCUCCUUUCUCGCCAUAUUCACAUUCGUCUGCCUGGACCCCUAUCUCCUACCAAUUCUUCCCUUGACAGCUCUCCUCAUCUGUGUCCUGGUCCCGAGCUUUGUAGCACGCUAUCCCGCAGCCGAAUUCAGCUUGUCAAGUGAACAGGCGAUAGGAUAUUCGCCCCAUGGACCUCCGCUUGGCCCUGCAAUUACUGUCAAGCCCGUCAAGGAGUUGAGUAGGGACUUUUUCCGCAACAUGAGGGACUUGCAAAAUAGUAUGGAGGACUUCAGCCAGCUCCACGACAAUAUCAUAAGGCUAGUAGUACCACGGACAAAUUUCAGCGACGAAGCUCUGAGUAGCGCCUUGUUCGUAUCCCUAUUCAUCGUCUGCGUCUUCAUGAGCAUUGCGUCGAAUAUACUACCAUGGCGAUUGAUUUUCUUAUCUAUCGGUUGGGUGGUUAUAUGUACUGGCCAUCCUACUAUUCAGCGGCAGCUUCAAGCUGCACAUGAGAAGCAUAUACAUCCACAAGAGGAGAAAGCUAGAGGCUGGAUAGAGCAGUGGGUUGAACGCGAUGUCAUACUCGACAACGCGCCAGAAGUCAGGGAAGUGGAAAUCUUUGAGCUACAGCGUCUCUCGAACGAGGGUGAAUGGGAACCAUGGUUAUUCAGUGCGGCGCCAUACGACCCGCUAUCACCACGACGCAUUGCCGGAGAUAGGCCAGUUGGCACACGUUUCUUCGAAGAUGUACUUCCUCCCAAGGGGUGGGAGUGGAGCGAGAAGAAGUGGGCCCUGGACCUCUGGAGCCGCGAAUGGGUAGAGGAGCGCAUCAUCACAGGCGUCGAAGUCGAGACCGAGGGUGAGAGGUGGGUCUACGAUAUAUACGACGAGCAGGAGGGUGAAAAGGUCGGAGUGAUCGAACAGCCUACACCAGUCAAGGGGAAGGAGAAAGCAAAGACCCCACAAAAGCCUAGUUGGGAAGAAGGGGAGGAUAGCGACGGCAGGAGAGGCGAGUGGAGGCGGAGAAGAUGGGUACGAUUGGUAAAGAGAAAAAACCUCACCGAAACCUCUAUAUGAUUGUUUUAUUAUUAUUUCGAAUUCUGAAUCCAGUCGACCAGAAACUAUAUUGUUCCAGCAGCGAAGUGGGAUUAAGAGAUUUCUUACGACUAUGCGGACACAAUUUCUCCAGCCAUUAAGGAGUGACAACAAGAUUUCACCUAGACAUUAAACAUUGGAAAAUAUAUAAGGAACUACAUUCAUACGCUAG